AUGGAAUAUACACAUCAAUCUUCAUGGAUCAUACCUUUCAUCCCUCUUCCAAUUCCUAUUUUAAUAGGGGUAGGACUUCUACUUUUUUCCACGGGAACACAAAAUAUUCGCCGUAUGUGGGCUUUUCCUAGUAUUUUAUCGUUAACCAUAGUUAUGAUUUUUUCGAUCGAUUUAUCGAUUCAUCAAAUCGAGAAUCAUUCUAUCUAUCAAUAUGUAUGGUCUUGGACUAUAAAUAAUGAUCUUUCUUUAGAGUUUGGCUACUUGAUCAAUUCACUUAGUUCUAUUAUGUCAAUAUUAAUAACUACUGUUGGUAUUCUGGUUCUAAUUUAUAGUGAUAGUUACAUGUCUCAUGAUCAAGGCUAUUUGAGAUUUUUUACUUAUAUGAGUUUUUUUUAA